AUGGGGAAGCCAGGCAAAAAAGCCGGGAAGGGGCUUCUCGCCCCUACCAACCCCAACCGGCGCACCGACCCAAAUAAGACCAGCCUUCGGGAUCAGCGCACCAUCAAGCGGCUAAAAAUGUACAAAUCAAAAAUCAAACGUGACGAAAAGGGCAACAUCAUCAAGGGAAGUGUACUCAAGGCAUCCGAUCGCAUUGAGCAGCAGAUGGCGCGCAUUGCACCUGACCGCCGUUGGUUCGGCAACACCCGGACCAUCGGCCAGGAGGCUCUUCAGAAGUUCCGCGAAGAAAUGGGAGCCAAGUAUAGAGACCCGUACAGCGUCAUCAUCAAGCAGUCCAAGCUGCCUCUGAGCCUUCUUGAAGAGCCGAAGAACACUGACGAAAGCAUCCGCAAAGAAAUGGAGUGGGACAAAACGUUUGGUGAUAAGGCGAACCGCAAGCGGGUGCGACUCCAUGCUGUGGACAUGUCGACCUUGGCAACAGAGGCCAACUCCAAAGGUGACUAUUACGACUGCAACAAGAAAGAGAAGGACCGCGAUUUGAUGAAGGGGAUGCACAAGGAUCGCGACGAUAAAACCAGAAACGGGAUUUUGAUGACCAAGGGUCAGUCAAACCGAAUUUGGUGCGAGCUGUACAAGGUGAUCGACAGCUCGGAUGUAGUGCUGUACGUCGUCGACGCGCGCGAUCCGAUGGGUACGCGAAGCGCUUUUCUGGAGGAUUUCAUGCGACGUGAGAAAAAAUAUAAACACUUCGUUCUGGUGCUGAACAAGUGCGAUUUAGUGCCUCUGUGGGCCACGGCUCGCUGGCUUCAGAUUCUCAGCAAGGACUAUCCCACCAUUGCUUUCCAUGCCAGUGUGAAUCACCCUUUUGGCAAAGGUAACGUCAUUUCUUUACUCCGGCAGUUUGCGCGUCUGCAUAACGUAACGCACCGCGGCAGCAAGCGCACCAAGACGCCGAUUUCUGUGGGUGUGAUUGGUUACCCAAAUGUAGGAAAGAGCUCGCUGAUUAACACGCUACGUCGUAAAUCCGUCUGCAAGGUGGCACCCAUUCCUGGUGAGACAAAGGUGUGGCAGUAUGUUGCUCUGACACGCAGUAUCUUCCUCAUCGACUGCCCCGGCGUGGUGUACGACCGGGAGUCGAACAACGAUAUUCAGGCGGUGCUGAAGGGUGUCGUGCGUGUGGAGCGUCUCGGAAAUGCGGACAAGACUGACGUCGUGGAUACCGUGUUGAAGAUUGUCAAGCAUCGCGAUAUUGUGGCCACUUAUGGAGUCAGAGAAUGGCGCGACGUUGUUGAUUUCCUCGAGAAGCUGGCAAAGCUGCGCGGAAAGCUGGUCGCUGGAGGUGAGCCGGACGUAGAAGCUGCCGCGCGCAUGGUCUUGUACGACUGGCAGCGCGGACGUCUGCCGUGGUUUAACGCGCCACCGUUCGAGUCCAAUAAACACCACCGUGAUGCAAUGGAGCAGCCGCAGGAAAAGCAGAUGAAGCUAAUUGAGCAUUACAGCACCUUCAACGUGGUAGAUGACACCAUUAAUCGCGGUGAUGAGGAGCAAGACGAAGAAGACGACGGGGACGAGGAAACCGUGAAUGACGCGGCUGAAGAGGACCAAUUCGACAGCGGCAGUGAGGCCGAGAAGGAAGAGGAAGCUGUCAAGCCUUCGAAACUGAGCAAGACUGACAGGCUGCCUUCGAGGAAAGCGCACACGGAGCUGGCAACGGUGGCCACGUACAUGCGCGAGCAGGAGGAGAAGCAGCGCAGGGCUCAGCGGCAACAGAAGCGGAAGGCCGCACGAAAGGAGGAGGAGGACGUAGAGGCUUUUUCAGCGGAUGCUGAUCGCGAGAGCGACGAUGCGCUCUGGGCACAGUUCUUGGCUGCUGCCAAGGAUUAA